AUGAAUGACUUCAACAGUUCAAAAAUAAAUUCUGCUGAAAAACGAAUUAACAAAAAAUUGUCAAAAGAUACAGAUAUAAUGAAAGAGGGCAUUCAUUAUAUUCCUAAAAAAGGCCGUUCAUCGAUUAUGAAUAACUUAAUAAAUGAAGUAGCUUAUGAUGGUAGUUACAAUGACAUAAGCAUAUUGAAUGAACCUAAAAACAUAACUAGAAACGUUGAUAUCGAAAAUGUAACAAGUGCAGCAAGUGUGGCAAAAGUAACAAAUGGAAUACAUAUCGAGAACACAGGAAGGUCAAAAAAUUAUGAUCAUAUUUUUUUGAACAAUUUGUCUGAUAACAAUUUUGUAUAUAUCCCUGAUAGAAAUAUCCGCGAUCACAAUCAGAGAAAUUCUCUCAGUACAUUCAACACGGUAAAUACGAUAAAUACAAUUAACCCGAACAAUACGAUAAAUCCGUGCAUUCUUGACGAAACAGUAAAUGACUAUAAUGCACACACCACUAUUCACAAUGGAAGUAGUUGCCCUUUGAGGAAUAGGAGGGGCUAUACAGAAAAUGUAUACAAUUAUAACCAUGCAGAUAUGGAAGCACUUUCAAAUAAUCAUGAAAAUGUAAACAGAGCACCAUUUUAUUACACCUCAGGAAAUAAUAGACAACUAUAUUCCGCAGAAAAUACAUUAUCACCAUUAUAUUCAAGGUGUUCAAACAUAGAAGAAGGGAAUUAUCCUUAUCAAUUUCCCUAUGAUUUAUAUCCUCCUUCCAAAAGUGAUACAUAUUUACGUACCACAACUCCCUAUUUCCCAUCUGAUAAUAAUGAUAUGAAUUCCUUAUGUAGUAGUCCUUCAUUUUCAGGCUAUUCAAAUGAAUAUCCUUUUAUAAAUAAUGAUAAUUUUAGAACUAUACCCCCACAUCUUUACUAUAUGAUGAAGGAUGCAAGGGAUGAUUCAUUUUUGAAAAAAGGAAUACAUUGUGCAUUGAAUGCAUGUAACUUUAAUAAGAAAGAAUCGUUUAACCCAAAAUAUGAAUAUAUACUUAAUGGACCAAAUUUCAAAUAUAUAUCAAAUCAUCAAAAUGGGAAAAAAUUUGAUAUAUUCAAAAGAAUCACUUUAACAGUAGGAACAUAUCUUGAUGAUAUUGUAAAUAUAAUGAUAGCUAUGUUGGAAUCAUCAUACAAAUCAAUAAGAAGACACAACGACACAAAUAUGUAUGAUUUGCAUCCUUUUUACAAUCCAGAUCCUCAUUACUCAAGAGGAGAAAGACCAACGUUAAAAACAGGAAGUAAUUUAUUUGAUAAAAUAAAUUCUGCUUUAGAUAGUACUACCUUAGAAAAACAUAGAAACCUGCCAAGAAAUUUUGGUAGAAUUCCAAUUCCAAAAACACAAAAAACAGGUAGUAAAGUAAUCGAUGGAAUAAAUAAGAUGCUAGACAAUUUAUUUAUUGAACCAUUGUCUUACAGGAAUUAUAACUACUAUAGUGAAAAGUGUAACAGUAUAAACCAAGGCAAACAAAAGGUAAUUCUCUAA